AUGGGCAUGCACGGACGCCUCACAUUCCUCCUCCUCCUCAGCCUCCGUGCCCCAGGGACUUUUGUCAGUGCAACAGCCCUGCCUGACCUGCCACGCGUGGUGGCCCUGAGUGAGGAUGCAGCGCCGGGCACCCGCGUGGCCAAGAUGACCGUGUCCUGCAGCAAUGCGAGCGGCAGCCCCAACGUCACCCUGCACAGCAAUGAACCUGGCCACCCCUUCAACCCCAUCACCAUCAGCGCCGAUCCCGUGGCCACCGCCAUGUUUCAGGCAGAGGUGCAGCUGGGGAUGGGGAGGGGACCAGGAGCCCGUGGGCACCCUGCUGAGUGCCGUGUCCCCAUGCAGGUGACACUGCGUGCUGGUGCAGAGCUUGAUGCCCACCAGGUGAACCAGUACACCCUGACCUUGUGGGCCACUUGUCCUGGCGAGGACGAGGUGGAAGAGCAGCUCUUUGUCCGGGUGAUGGCAGGGCAGACACUGUGCUGUGAUGCCCCCUUCGCCAGCACGGGGGGAGACGUGGUGCAGGUGCUGGCGGAUGUGGCACCCCGGACACCCCUGUAUGUGGUGCUGCCGCAGCCACUCGGUGGGCUGACGUUCAGGCUCCGAAACCACGACACGCCGCUCACACUCACACGCCGGGGCCUGGUGCUGGCGCCUGCCGGCGGCUUUAACCCCAGCAAGGACACCCAGACAUUCAGGCUGGAGAUUGAGGUGAUGGACCGCCAUGGGCACAACUGCAGUGGGGUCGUGAGGGUGGAGGUGCUGCCAUCACGCCGUCCCCGUGUCACCUUCCUCAAGUCGCAGAGGGCCGUGACAGUGCCGGAGGGCACCGGCCCCUUGGAGGUGGUCACGGAGGUCCAUGCCAGUGGAGACAAUGUCCGCUAUGCCAUCCUGGCUCCCACGGUGCCCACACUCUUCACCAUUGACGAGAUGACGGGCAAGAUCCGCAGCACCUGCCAGCUGGAGGUGGCCCAUGCGCACCUCCUUGUCCGGGCUUACAACGCGCUGCACCCCUCCGACCACGCCACCAUCAUGCUCAACAUCACCGUGCAGGCAACGGACAGGAGGGCGCCAAGCUGCAUCCCGGCCCUCUCUGUGUCCCAGGUGCCUGAGACGGUGUCCCCUGGCAGCACCCUGGUGACACUGAGGUGCACUGACCCUGCUGGCACUGAGGGGGCCCUGCGCUAUGCCCUCGAGGGGCCCUCCGCCUCCCGCUCCCGCUUUCGCAUGGAGGGGCCGCAGCUGCAGGUCAACUCCACCCUGGACUAUGACUCAGAGGCUGUGGCUGCUGUGGGCUUCCAGUUCACGGCCACCAUCGUGGUGACGGUGGGAGGGCAGUCCUCAUGGAGCACCCGCGUGCCCGUGCUCGUGACGGUGACGCCUGUCAAUGAAUUCACACCGGCGUGCCCCAGUGGUGCCACCUUCACCGUGCCGGAGACAGCAGCUUUUGGAAGUGUCGUGGGGCGUGUGGCCGGCACCGACCGUGACUACCCACUGGACAGCCUCGAGUACAGCCUGGAGGGGGGCCCCAGCCCCACGCAGCCCUUCUCCAUCGACACGUGCACUGGCGAGAUCCGCGUGGUGGGACCCCUCGACUCCCAGCGGCACAAGAGUUACAGGCUGACAGUGCGGCUGACAGACACCCUCAAUGACCUGGACCCGGCAAAGCGGCGGAGCCGCCUGUGCGACGUGGCUGUGCACCUGCAGGCUGUGCCGGACCAGGCACCGGUGUGCACCCCUGAGGUGCAGGAGCUGUGGAUCAUGGCCAGGUCAGGCAGCCGCCAGCCUGUCACCCGCCUGGCGUGCCAGGGCAGCCCCGCCACUGCCGCACUGGCAUACGCCAUCACUGGAGGUAAGGAGUGGCCAAGCCACAGCACAACCCAGCCCCUCACUGCGAUGGCACUAAGCACACCCUCUCGUCCAGGCAACGAGGACGGGCGUUUUCAGCUGGAGGGAAACACCCUCUUCUACCUCCCCGGUGACCUGGCUGAGCCCCGCACCUUCGUGCUGCUCGUGGAGGUGUGGGGUGGCCCCAGUGCCCCCCGCCCCAGCACCGUGGUGGCACUGGUGGUGCACGUCACCCCCCGGAGCACCCCGGUGCCACCGAGCACGACCACCCGGCGCACGACGCUGUGGAAGGAGCCGCUGGUUGUCACGCAGAUGGAGGCAGUGUGGAAUCCGCCAGCCUGGUUUGUGGCUGUGCUGACCGUUUCUGGUGCCCUGCUGCUGGCCACCCUGGGCUGCAUGGCCCGGAGCCUGCUGUGCAGCAACGGAGACCCUGGCAAGCUGCUCCUGGGCAAGAGCUUCUGGGAUGUGGAGGAGCAGAAGGGUGGCGAGGAGGAGCGGGUGGGCACCCUGGGACCCUCAGCAUCCUCUUCUGUCUCUCCUCCACACAGGGGCAGUUUGAUGGCCGUGCCCAGGACCCACGCCCGGGAGGAGGAGAGGAUCCCUCCUCCAUGGCCGAACUCGCUGCCCACAGGGUGCAGCCAGGCCCUGAACCGCACCAGCCAGCGUGGACCCAAUAAAUAG